ACUGUCGAGUGUAUUCUUCCCAGCCAGCCGUAAGCGCAAGCUACGCUAGCUUAGGUUAAACCGCGUCCGUUCGUACCUGCCUCCAUCGCGUGACUGUAAUCUAGAGGCGCGCGUGGCUAUGGCGGAGGGCGGCCGUGGGCGGCACUAUCGUCGGCGAGGCGACAGCGACAGUGGUAAUAGCGAUAGCGAUAGUGGCAAUAGCGGGAGCGCGCGACGACGGAACUCGGUAUCCGACGACGAGCGAGAUCAGCGGCGGGGCGAUCGCGGGCGACGCGUGCGACGAAGAUAUUCGUCGGACGACGACGAGGAGGAGGAGGAUAAACGGAGGGAAGAGGGGAAAGCGGGGAAGGGGAGGGAAAAGGUGAAAGAGGAGAUGAGGAGGGAAAGCGGGAGAGGGAGAGGAGGAGGGGAAUCGAGGCAUGCGGAUCGGCAACGAAGCGGGAAGCGUGGAUCAGGCAGCGACGAGGAGGACGAGGAGGAGGAAGAGCGGGAGAGGAGACGCGGGCAUAGGGCCUCUGGGGAUGGGAGAAAGGUGAGGAGGAGCCGAGAGCCCGCAGGUGCGAGAAGCCGAAGCCCAAGCCGAAGCCCAAGCCGAGGCUCGGAUUCGGACGAAGAGGAGGAGAGGGCGAGGAAGCGCGGGGAUAGGGGCACUGGGGGUGGGAGAGGGAGGAGGAGGAGUCGGAGCAGGAGUGAGUCUGACUCGGAAGAGGAGAAGGCGCGGAGGCGGCGGAAAGGGGAGGAGGGGGAUGGGGGAAGGCGAGGCGGAGCGAAGGGUGUGGGGGGACGAAGCGCGCAUGUGAGGCGUAGCGGGAGUGACAGUAGCGAGGAUGAGGAUAACGAGGCGAGGCGGAGAAGGGUCAGAGACGCGGAGGACGAGGAGAGAAGGGAGAAGGUGGCGAGAGGGAACGACCCAAAGAGCAAAUCCCGGACCGCCGAUGCUGCUGGUGGUGCUUCUACUGCAAGCGCGUCUGUUUCUAAGGGGUCUACUGCUCGGUCAAAGCGAGACCAGGGCACCUUAAGUACAGCAGCGCUAGACGCAGCAGCAGCCUUUGCAGCAGAGGCAGUUAGAGCGGCUGCUGGCUUUGGCCCUCCCCCCAGCGGCGCUCCCCCGUCCCUCCCCCCUCCACCGCCCUUGCCCCCUUCCGCCUCCGCCCCCCCAUCUCUCCCCCCGCCCCCCCUCCCCCGCACUACCCCUUCUCCGCGCCUCCCCCUCCCCCCCUUGGCGGCCCCCCUAUCCGCGCCGCUCCCCACGGUAGCGGGAAUGGGGCGGCGGCAGGGGGGAGAGUGCUUGCUGACGUGGACAGGUCGGCGUCAGCGGGGCGUGUGAUUGCUGAGGUGGACCGGUCGGCGUCGGGGGGGAGAGUUCUUGCUGACGUGGACCCCGAGACCCUGGAGGCCAUGGAAGCAACGCAGAAGGCGCUUGAGGCGAAGGAGGGGGAGAAGAAGAAGGCAGCACAACCGUCAUUUGAGCUGUCUGGCAAACUGGCGGAAGAAACCAACCGCUUCAGAGGUGUCGCGCUGGUGUACAACGAGCCUACUGAGGCGCGCAAGCCCUCUAUCCGCUGGCGGCUAUAUGUCUUUAAGGACGGGGAGCCCUUGAAAGAGCCGCUGUACAUCCAUCGCCAGACGUGCUACCUCUUCGGACGGGAGAGACGGGUUGCAGAUGUGCCAACAGACCAUCCCUCCUGCAGCAAGCAGCAUGCAGUCAUCCAAUUCCGCCUGGUGGACAAGGAGGAGCCGAGUGGCGAGGUGACGGCUCUUGUGAGGCCCUAUGUCAUGGACCUAGGCAGCACCAACGGCACUUUCCUCAAUGGGUCGCGCAUCGACGCACAGCGGUACUACGAGCUGAUGGAGAAGGACACGUUGAAGCUUGGCAACGGACCAUGUUCUGAGGCACCUUGAAGCAGCACUGUAUGUCUGCCCCCCCGUCUGUCCUCAACUGCCCUGCAGGGGUCGCGCAUCGACGCACAGCGGUACUACGAGCUGAUGGAGAAGGACACGUUGAAGCUUGGCAACGGACCAUGUUCUGAGGCACCUUGAAGCAGCACUGUAUGUCUGCCCCCCCGUCUGUCCUCAACUGCCCUGCAGGGGUCGCGCAUCGACGCACAGCGGUACUACGAGCUGAUGGAGAAGGACACGUUGAAGCUUGGCAACGGACCAUGUUCUGAGGCACCUUGAAGCAGCACUGUAUGUCUGCCCCCCCGUCUGUCCUCAACUGCCCUGCAGGGGUCGCGCAUCGACGCACAGCGGUACUAUGAGCUGAUGGAGAAGGACACGUUAAAGUUUGGCAACAGCAGCCGGGAGUAUGUGCUGUUGCACGAACACUCAGCAGGCUAGUGCUUGGUGCCCUUCACAUUUUCAUGUCGACUUCAAGUCAGCCUCCAGGGUUAACAAACGGGCUGAAACGGCUGGUACCAGCAGCUGGGACUACUGUAUGUGCCGCUGCACAAGUACUCCACUGGGUAGUGCUUGGUGCCAUGCCAUAUAACCACUCGACAGGCGAAUCAGGUUGGUUAGUCAGGAGAAUAUGCUAACUUGCUGUGAUCGAUAACUAGGCUGGUGCGGCUUGAGGCUGACAAGGCACAGCAGGUGGCUGCUACGCUGAUGUUUUGUUCUCCGUUGAUUUGUUGGUUGCUAGGCUGUUGUCUGUGUUGGGCUGAGAAAAACCCUUUGGGAUCUUUUGCAGAGACUAAGUCCCAGCUGUAAAGACUUGAGACUUGGAGUAGUGCAGCGGAAGUUGAGGUAGUUGAACCCUUGUACUAGUAUGUGAGAACAAAAAAACCCUUUGGGAUCUUUUGCAGAGACUAAGUCCCAGCUGUAAAGACUUGAGACUUGGAGUAGUGCAGCGGAAGUUGAGGUAGUUGAACCCUUGUACUAGUAUGUGAGAACAAACUCAAGCGCUUCUUGUUUGUGAAAGUGAGAAGCUUCGGCCUAGCGGAUCCUGCGUCCUGCAGCAUCGGAAAGUUGGUAUGUAAUAUAGAAUUUCUUGACUUGAACUUCCGUCCCGUCUUGUUCCUCCGUUCAGCAACCACUAGCUGAAGGGAUUCUAGUGUAGGGGGCCUACUAAAUCGCCUGCGUCACGCACGAGCCCGACUUCCAGUCCCAGUUCUGCUGCACCAUGAAUUUAAUGCCGUUGAGCCCCACCAUAUUGUACUCCGCGUCCCGACCUUAGAUGUUUUACAGUUUUCGUAUCUCCCGACCUACGACCACAACAGUUGCCCACAACAG